AUGCCGAAGCACAAGCACCACCGAGACCGUCUUUAUUUGCUGCAGAGCGAAUACUCUUCGGAGUGGGGAGGAUUUAAGAAAGCAAAAUUAAAUUUGCCCUACAAGGUCCUCCCUUUCUACUGCUGCUGUCUUUGCUUCUGCCCCGCCAAAGACCCCGUCUGCAGCAGCAGCGGCGCCGUCUUCGACCGCAGCUGCAUCCUCUCCUUCAUGCAGCAGCAGCAAAAGCUGCAGCAAAAACAGCAGCAGCAGCAGCAGCAGCAGCAGCAGCAGCAACAGGAGCUGGAGUGCCAGUGCCCGGUCACGGGGCAGCGUCUGCGGUUUGCAGAUUUAUUUGCAUUAAAGUUUUUCAAAAAUGCAAAAGGAGAAAUUUGCUGCCCCGUGUCUUUCAAACUUCUUUCCGAAAACUCUCAUGUUGCUGCUGUCCGCAGCAGCGGGAACGUUUUUGCUGCUGACACUCUCCUCAACCUUUGCGUCCGCACCAACAGCUGGAACGACCUCAUCACCGCAGCAGCAGCAGCAGCAGAGGAGCGGCACCACCUGUACACGGACCACCGCGUGGCCGCGGGGUUCACCUCGACGGCCGUCGUGGGGCGCAGCGCGCAGGUGUACAGACACCUGACGGCGCGGGAGAAAAUGCUGCCCGUUUACUUUUGCUGCCAGCAGCAAAAGAUAAAAAGUUAUGUUCGGAUGGAGACGAACUGUGGGGCGCUGAACCUCGAGGUGUACACACACCUCGCGCCCCGAGCAGCAGACAGCUUCCUGCGUCUCUGCAGCAGCAGCUACUUCGACAACAUUCCCUUCCACAGACUCGUCCCCAACUUCUUGCUGCAAGGCGGCCGCGCGGAGCUCCGCAUGCAGCAGCAGCAGCAGCAGCAGCAGCAGCAGCAGCAGCAGCAGCAGCAGCAGCAGCAGCAGCAGCAGCCGAUGGUGAGCCGCAGCGGCUUCGAAGACGGAGAGCCCUUUGAGGACGAGCUGCUGGGGCAGCUCAGCCACGAGGGCAUUGGCGUCUUGGGCAUGGCCAGCAGCAGCAGCAGCAGCAGCAGCAAAAAGAAAAACCUCUCCGAGUUCUACAUCACCUUCAAGUCCUGCAAACACCUCGACGGGAAACACACCAUCUUCGGAAGAGUCGUUGGGGGCCUGGAGGUGCUGCGGGCGUGGGAGACGAUCCCAGUGGACUCGCGGGAUCGUCCCCAGCGUCCUUUAUUUAUUCAGAAAAUGCACAUCUUCAAAAACGGAAUAGAAGAAGCAAAAUUAAAACUCGAAAAAGAAAAAAAUGAAAAACUCAACAGACAGGCCGAGGAGGCCAAGGCGCAGGCUCGUCCAUGGUUUAACAACAAAGACGCUUUGGACUUUACGGCGAACCACCCGGAGCGGCAUUCGCGGAAAGUGGGGAAGUACCUGCCUGCUGCUGGGCCAGCAGCAGCAGCAGCAGCAGCAGCAGCAGCAGCAGCAGCAAAGGGACAGCCCCCUCGCCCACAAGACCUUAUGGGCGAAGCAGCACUUUACGCGUUGGCUCCCAAAAAGCCCAAAGUGGCCCGCAGGGGCCUCGACUUGUCUUCUUGGAGUUAA